AUGCAAUUUUCAAAAACUUUAAUCUUAUCAGCCAUCUUUGUUGCUGUUAAUGCUGCUGAUUCAUCAUCAGGUGGUAUUGCUGCUGCAGCUACUUCAAAAGUUUCAUCAGCUGUUGCAGGUGGUGCCUCAUCAGUUUCAUCUCAAGCUAGUUCAAAAGCAUCUUCAGCUACUGGUGGUGCUGCCUCACAAGCUAGUUCAAAAGUUUCUUCAGCUACUGGUGGUUCAUCAAGUUCAAAAGCAGGUGCUGCUGGUGUCGGUGCUGGUUCUUUAGCCGCUAUUGCUGGUCUUUUAUUAUUAUAA